AUGGAAUUUAAAUAUCAAAAUAUUCUGAGCCAAGACGAAUUGGACGAAAUACGAGAUGCGUUUAAAGCCUUUGAUACCGAAGGAAAAGGCUUAAUUGAUCCAAAAGACAUAGCUAUGACCAUGAAAACUAUAGGUUUUGAAACCAAAUCUCCGAUUGUUUACAACUUGAUUUGUGAAAUUCAGCGUAAAUACGAUAAACCGAUCGACUUUGAAAUGUUCAUCGACUCAAUUUGUGCUUGCCUAGGCAACCGUGAAUCUAAAGAAGGUAUUAGACGUAUUUAUAAUUUAUUUGACGAUGAUAAAACAGGAUAUAUAACACUUAAAAACUUGAAACGAGUGUGCGAAAAUUUAGGUGAAAUGAUUACAGACGAUGAAUUACACGAAAUAAUAACGCGGGUAGAUUCUACAGGGGAAGGGCACAUUACCUUUGAAGAUUUUUAUGCAAUCAUGAUGAAAAAAAAAUUUUAA